AGGCUUAUCAGGGGAGGACUCGGCGCCGCACAGCCAGGAAAAGGAGGCGAGUGGGAAGUCACUGAUUGUAGGGCGCAGUGAGUCGGCUUGGAGAGACUGGAAGAGGGCCGAGGUUUUAGUUAUGUUCACACCCGCGGUGAUGCGAGCUUUACGCAAGAACAAGACCCUUCGAUACGGGGUCCCCAUGUUGCUGCUGGUUGUUGGAGGUUCUUUUGGUCUCCGUGAGUUCUCACAAAUCCGAUAUGAUGCUGUGAAGAUGAAAAUUGAUCCUGAAUUGGAAAAAAAGCUGAAAAUGAAUAAAAUAUCUUUAGAGUCAGAAUAUGAGAAAAUAAAGGACUCUACUUUUGAAGACUGGAAGAAUAUUCGAGGCCCAAGGCCUUGGGAAGAUCCCGAUCUCCUCCAAGGACGAAAUCCAGAAAUCCUUAAGACUAAGACAACCUGACUAUGCUCAUUCCUUUUUUAAAAAUGUUAUCAACAGGACAUAUUGGUCCAGAACAUACUGGACAUAAAAUCCUAGGACGGUAGAAAACUGGUUGUGAGUAAUUUGAUAGAAGAUAAACUUGAUUUUAAAAAGUCAAGUAUACAGGUCUUUGUAUUUCCCAGCUAGUCUACUUGCAAAUGAGAGUAACAGUCUUGACAACAUAAAAAAUGUCAACAAAAAUGUGAGUAUGGUUAUCAAAGUGUGUUGUGUAUCAUUGUGACCAGCUACUAGUGCAGCCUUUUGCUGCUUCAUUCUGAUUUCUAAUAAAGGUAGUAGGCUGACAUUCAGAUUCUCACA